GCGGGGCACGACGGGAUGGUGGCGCCGGGAAUUGGCGGCCGCCGACGAGGGGGAGCUGCGAUGGCGGCGCCGCCGCUGCCGGGGCUGCUCGUUCUUAUCCUGCUGCUCCUCUCGGUGACGGCGGCGGGGAGCGGCGCGACGCCCGCCUGGGACCCGGCCGGUUACCUGCUCUACUGCCCCUGCAUGGGUCGCUUCGGGAACCAGGCCGAGCACUUUUUGGGAGCCCUGGCCUUCGCCCGCGCCCUCAACCGGACCCUGGCCGUGCCGCCUUGGAUCGAGUACCGGCACCACCGCCCGCCCUACACCAACCUGCAUGUCCCCUACUCGGAGCACUUCAGGCUGGAGCCGCUCCAGCGGUACCACCGCGUCCUCAGCCUGGAGCAGUUCAUGGAGCACCUGGCCCCCCUGCACUGGCCGCCCGGACGGCGGGUGGCUUAUUGCUUCGAGGCGGCGGCGCAGAGGAGCGCGGACAAAAGCACUUGUCCCAUGAAGGAUGGAAACCCGUUCGGUCCAUUCUGGGAUCAGUUCCAAGUGGAUUUUGAUAAGUCUGAGCUCUUCAAGGGAAUUUCCUUCAGUCCUGCUUACAAGGACCAUUGGAUCCAAAGGUUUCCACCCUCUGAGCACCCUGUCCUUGCCUUACCUGGAGCUCCAGCCCAGUUCCCUGUCUUGGAGGAGCACCGGCCCCUCCAGAAGUACAUGGAGUGGUCUGAUGGAAUGGUGAAGAAGGGAGAAGCCUAUAUCCAGUCUCUGCUGGUCCGGCCCUACGUUGGGAUUCACCUGAGGAUCGGCUCGGACUGGAAAAACGCCUGCAACAUGUUGAAGGACGGGACGGCCGGGCCUCACUUCAUGGCUUCACCCCAGUGUGUGGGCUACGACCGGAGUGCUGCGGUGCCUCUCACCAUGGACAUGUGCCUGCCAGACCUCAGGGAGAUCAAGCGUGCUCUCAAGGUCUGGGUGACAAAGAUUGAAGCUAAAUCCAUUUAUAUCGCUACUGAUUCCGAGCCCUACACAACGGAAAUACAGCAGUUCUUCCAAGGAAAGCUCAAGGUUGUCAGCUUGCAGCCAGAAGUGCCUCAGGUUGAUCUGUACAUCCUUGGCCAGUCUGAUCACUUCAUCGGGAACUGCGUCUCUUCCUUCACCGCCUUUGUGAAAAGAGAACGUGACAUCCACGGGAAACCCUCCUCGUUUUUUGGCAUGGACCACCCCCCCAGGUUACGGGAUGAGUUCUGAGCAAAGGAGGAACAGGCUCUGUGGUUCUCAGGGCUGUGAGCUCAGCCCUUGGUGCUGCAGGUUCCCCCGUGUGCAGUCACUGCCGGGCUGCCCACACCUGCUCCUGCCCUCUGACGCUCCUCACGGUCAUUUCUAGACUGUUCUCUCUGACAUCUCCUGUAUUUCCAACGUGAGGUCAGAUAGAAGUUUUAAAUCCUAUAGUUUAUAGGGAACUAUAAACUACAUAUAGUUUUUUAAGAUGUAGUUUUUUAUAGCUCUCCAUUCUCACUCUUGGGGGUUCACCAGCGAUCAUGAUGAAGCAGCUGCUCAGAUUUCCUCUUCUUUUUUUUAAUGUUAAUUCUUAACUCUUACCCAGAGAUGUUUUGAAGCUUCUUGCUCAAAGCUGACCAUAAUUGGUUCUUUUAAUUGCAAAAGUAUUGUCAGGCAUAUCAGGAUCCCUGGAAAGGGUGUGCAAGGUGAAGCUCAGAGCUGAAAAAGCUCUGAGUUUAUUGAGGGCAGCUGUUGCCUUACCAGAUGCCUGUCGCUUUAGUGCCUCAGUGUCCCUUUCCCUGUCCAAAGAGAUUCCAUUCCCAGUGCUGGGGGGCCCUGGAUCCCUUCAGCAGUGCUGGAGGAGCAGAGUGGGGCACAGUGGCAGCUGCCUCUUCAGCCUCUACGUCGACAUGGGGGAAGGCACAUGCAGGGACACAGGAGAUCUGUCACAGCCAGGCCAGAGGUGGAGAUUUAGGGCUUGUAGCUUUGUAGCUGUUGAUGUCGGUGAGGUCUGUGGGAGGAGCGAAACUUUGAGCCAGGAUUAUUAAAGUAGCUGUAGUGGGGUUGGGUACGUCGUGCUUGGGUCUAUGGUAGUGGUUUCUGUUUGGUUUUGUACUUUAUAAAAUAACCCCUCUGAGAGCAUCACCCUUGUCUGGGGGGCAGUUCCCAGGGGAGAUAACUCCAGAAAGUUACUGUUCGUUGAUGGGGAAGCAGCAGCCCAGACCUCUCCGUUUGGCCCAGUACAGUUUGGUGCUGGUAACACUGACAAUCCCAACAUGGUGAGACUCAACUUGACCAAUGCCUUUUGGUGCUUCUGUGACUUCAUUUUUUUGGUCCAAAGACUGAAUACAGAACUGUUCCUUUUUUAAAAAUGCCACUUGUGUGAGUCUGUGGUACUAGAGCUGCUGUCUCUAGUGCCCUGCUGUGGUCCAGACAGUGCUGUUAUGGGGGUUUAACUCUACAUAUCUUUUUUUAUGGUGGUCUUUUCCUCCUUGGAGUCACUCUUGAGCAUUAAGGAGUUUGAAGGCUGAAGGAAGGGAGCAAAAAAGGGCUAAUUGAGACGAUCCCCCAGGUGUCAGGGUGGCAAAGGCUCAUCUCUUAUUUCCUCAGGGCUGGGUUCAAAAAUCAUGGGAUUUGGGGGAAAAUCAUUGGUUUUGGGGCCUCUGGGAGCCGGGCUUCUGGAGACCUUGCUCCUCCUUGGUGUUUCGUACAGUUUACUGAUCUUGAGUGGUGCCCUCAGGGCUGCCAUGCCUUGCUUCGGAGCAAGGGGAGCCUUGCCCUGCACUGUUGGGAAGACGAAGUAUUAAAACGUUAGGGGUGGGGUAUUUUUAGAAAAUAAUUAAAAAAGAAAAAAAAAGGUAUUUUUUUGUACUAAUAAAAAUUUGAUUUUCUAUUCA